CAAAAACAAGAGUAUAUAACGAAGUCCACAGUACGCGAAGGCAUUCAUUCAUUCCGUCCGAGUGGGGUUUUAGGGCAGCAGUCUUCUUAAGCUAGCAGAGGUUACCUUCCUCAAUUCAACAACCAUGGCCGACGAUGACUACGAAGAUAUCGACAUGGGGUACGAGGAGGAGCCACCAGAGCCUGAAAUUGAGGAAGGUGCAGAGGAGGAGGAUCCUGAUAACAAGAACGAUGACCUAGAUGCAGAAGGAGAACCAAUUGAAACUGAGGAAAAGGAAGAUGCUGCACCGGUUGAACGUCCCAGAAGAACUUCCAAAUAUAUGACUAAGUAUGAGCGCGCUAGGAUUCUCGGUACUCGCGCUCUUCAAAUCAGUAUGAAUGCACCUGUCAUGGUCGAGUUGGAGGGGGAAACUGACCCACUUGAGAUUGCCAUGAAGGAGCUACGAGAGCGGAAAAUUCCUUUUACCAUCCGUCGCUACUUGCCUGAUGGAAGCUAUGAAGAUUGGGGAGUUGAUGAGCUGAUUGUGGAAGACUCCUGGAAGAGACAAGUGGGUGGCGAUUGAUUGCUUGAACUGCUAGUGUGGGGAUGAGUAAAAGACACUAAGACCUCUCAUGGUAUUUAUCUUGGAUUUGUAUGAAGUAGACACUGAUCUAUGAUCCUACCAUAAAACUGGCUUAUAGCAUCCUAUUAGUUUUGGGUGUGUAUUUAUGUACGUCCUAUUCCUUUUGCUUUAAUCCGGAAUCUUUUUUGUUUCGGCUCGUCUGUGUAUGAUAAAUCUCUAGGCUUUUGUUAGUAUUUUCCUAUGUUUGUCAAAUCAACUGUCGGAUGCACUACUGGAUAUGAACAUUGAAGUGAUACUUCCUAAAUGGAUUUUUGAACUUGCCAGUGA